AUGCGGAACGAAGGAACCGAUAUCGGAUUCGCAGAGCCCACCUGGUCCGCCAUGGUGGAAAUGGGCUGGACGGGCAUCCUGGUGCCGGAAGAAUAUGGCGGAUCAGAUCUUGGCUAUCUGACCUUCGGGCUGGUUCUUGAGGAGCUGGGUAAGCAGUUGGCCGCGUCCCCACUGUUUGCCUCGGCCUAUGUUGGCGCCACCGCUCUGCUUCUUGCAGGUACAGAGGCACAAAAGUCGAGCCAUCUGCCGCGUAUCGUAGACGGCACAGAAAUUGUGACGCUCGCCGUUGACGAGGGGCCACGCCAUGCGCCCGCGCGUACAGCGCUGGAAGCGAAAUCUGAAGGAGGCAAACAUGUUCUCACAGGAUCAAAGACGCUGGUUUUAGAAGGCAUGUCUGCGACGCAUUUCCUUGUCGUUGCGCGCUCCACCGGAAAAGUGGGGGAGGCACAAGGCCUCUCUCUCUUUAUUGUCCCUGCGGACGCGGCGGGACUAUCUCGGCGUGCAAUGAAAACCAUGGACAGCCGCGGCUACGCAGAAUUAAAUUUUGACGGUGUCGAGGUCUCAGAUGCGGACCUCAUGGGACCGGCUGGUCAGGCUGGGGAAGUGUUGGACGAAAUACUGGACCGCGCGCGAGCAGGCAUAGGCGCAGAGAUGCUGGGUGUCGGGUCGCAGGCCUUUGCCAUGACGCUUGAUUACCUUAAGACGCGCAAACAGUUUGGUGCUGUCAUCGGAUCUUUUCAGGCGUUGGGCCAUCGGGCAGCGGAACUGUUUGCGGCGAUGGAACUAGCGCGCUCAUGUGGAGAGGCGGCGCUUCAGGAGAUCGACGCCCAGAGCAACAGUGUGGCUAAAGCCUGUUCUCUUUCAAAAGCGAAGGUUGGAGACUUUCUCCACACCAUGUCCAAUCAGCUGAUCCAGAUACAUGGCGGUAUUGGCAUGACCGACGAGUUUGAUGCGGGCCUUUACCUCAAACGGGCGCGUGUUCUUGAGACGCUUUACGGGAAUCAGUCCUAUCACCGAGACCGCUACGCGCGGCUUCUAGGAUUCUAG